UUCAAAAAUUGGAUAACAAGAUUAAAACUUUCCACAUCGCUAAAGCAUUGCAUUUUUUUAUGUUCUUAUUUAUUGACUAACGUUUUAGAGUGGCCUUUAGUCAUAAUAGUUAUCAGUUGUGCCCGUUAUGAUUAUAUGCCUUAUUGUUUCAGCUGCACUAGUUCGAUACCAGAUAGCAGGAAACUUUCUGGGAUUGCCUGCUGUUACUAUACCAGUUGGUUAUGAUAUGUCUGGUUUGCCAAUUGGUCUUCAAUUUAUUGGGAAGCCAUGGGAUGAAUCCUUACUGAUUCAUAUAGCUUUUGGCAUGCAAGCAUUAUGCAUCUCUGAAUACAAAAGGCCAGAGGUUUUCUUUGAUUUAUUGGGCAAGUAGUAGUUGAAUUCCUUUAAUCGUGGGGGCUGGAUAUCCUGGAUUCAUACACUAGUUUCAUGUUAUGUUUGGUUAUAUAUAGGACUGGAUGAGUAUAGCACGUGCUCGCCUGCGUUCAGCAUUGCAAUUGGGGUGUCCACAUGCAUGUGCUUUUUAUUUUAUUUUAUUGAAUGAGCGUAUUUAAAGUGUCGACGAAUGAAUAUAAUGCAACUUUUCACUUUUACAUCA